UUUUCAUUUAACGAGUGUGUUUUGUUAAUUGUUGUUUCCAAUUCUUGAUUUCAAUUGAUCUUUCGACCUUUCAUCUUGGAAACUUCAAGAGUUUAUCUGAAUUCUGAAUAUGGAGGAGGCGUUUCUGGACUUGGUUCUGGUGCCGCUGGGUCUUUUAUUGUUCGGAAUAUACCACGCUUGGUUAUUCUUCACCAUUCGCCGGAAUCCCAGAAGAACUGUUAUUGGUCUUAACGCCGAGUCUCGUCAACAAUGGGUCUUCUCCAUGAUGGAUGACCCGUUGAAGAAUGGUGUUUUGACCGUGCAAACAAUACGCAACAACAUCAUGGCAUCGACACUUUUGGGAACAACAGCUAUCACUCUCAGUUCCCUGAUUGGUGUAUUUGUUAGCAGCUCAUCGAAAUCCGGUGACAAAGCAUCGCAGUUAGUAUAUGGCAAUAAGACCCUUACUCUCUCUUCAAUCAAGUACUUUUGCAUCUUGUUGUGCUUCCUAGUUGCCUUUCUUUGCAAUGUCCAGUCUAUUAGAUACUAUGCUCAUGUAAGUUUCUUGGCAACUGUACCUACAUGGAGAGGCAGAAAAGAUUCUAUUGAGUAUGUUGCAAGAAAUUUGAAUCGAGGAAGCCAUUUUUGGUCUCUCGGAUUGCGAGCAUUCUAUCUGUCAUUCCCUCUCUUCCUCUGGAUUUUUGGCCCUAUUCCUAUGUUUGUUUGCUCCAUCAUAAUGGCGUUUAUUCUUUACUUCUUGGACACAACCACAAGUUUUACACGGCUUCUUCAUAGUCACACGCUCAAAGAGGACGUAAGAACUGGUGACUUGGAAUCAGAAGAUUAAUUGUUGCAGUUGCUCUUGAAAAUUACAAGUUGGUAAUACUGCUAUGGUGGGAUUAAGUCAAAGCAUUGAAAAAAGCUGUUUUGAUGUAUGAUACUGCUUGUUAUUGAUGAUAUCUCUCUCUUCUGAGAUAUAUGUCUUAGCUAUUCCUUCUGUGUAUUUAUAUAUCUAUGCCAAUUGAAAGGAGAAAAGAGUCUGCUAGUUCAAACACUCUUGAAAUGUGGUGAUAAAAUUAGUUCACUCGCAAACACAUUUCUAAAAUUUCCCUUGACCUUUUUGGCUUUAUGUUUCCUUUUGGAUUUAUUUUUCUUUUUGGAUUUAACUGAAUCACAUUUUGGUAUC